CAGAUCCGUGAGCUGCACUCUGCUGCUUUGCAGGGGCAUGUUGCCAGAGGCUCACAUGAAAAACGCUACUGGACUUUCACCACUCUGCUGCUGCCUUUUACGGCUGGUUCUGGUUGGCGUGUCCCAUUGAUGUUCCACAUUCCAGGUCCUUGUGUCUUCAGACUUCUCCAUGGGGUGCCAAACCAAAUGGAUCGAUAGCUUUAGCCGUUCUUUGGCCCAAAGUGUCUAUUUCCAUUCGGAGCUCCUCCUCCGCAGCAAGCCCUGCGCUGGUUAGUGACAUGCCCGGCCGCCCAAGUUCAAAGGGAUAUAGUAGGCUCAGCGGCUCCUAUGAAUCGGCACCAGAUGAAGAAGGCGAAGACAUCAAGACUGAAGAGGUCCAGGAUGAGGGCAAUGAAGGCGAGGCCAAGGCCGCCUUUCUCGGUCUGGAGGAUCUGCAGGGUGACCCUCACUUCGUCUCCUUGAUGAUCUUGGACCACAUGCUUACGGAGGAAGUUGAAGAAGGCGACGGUGGUCGCUGCGAUGACAUUGCGAUGAUGUUCAUUAAUCUGACUCUUCUAUUCCUCUCGCAUGGUUGCCAGCUUGGCUUGACCUAUGCUUUCUGGAAAGAAUUUGAUGCAAAAAAUGUGCACUUGAACCGCGACCAGUGGGAGAGGAACACGGGGCGUUUCGCUUGGCUCAUGCUUAUGCACCUCGAAUUCGUUCAGACUUUUGAUAUUCUUUACACCCUUUGCUUCACCAGUGGUCGGAUCAAGUGGUUCGGGGAAAACUGCGGUCGUCAUCUAGCAAGGUUGUCAAUCUUUGCCCUUGUGAUCUUGCCCAAAAUCUUGGUGGCGUGCUUCAUCUCCUGUGCGGGGGUGAGGUUUAUAGCACACUCCAACAGCAAUACUGAGUUGGUACUGGAUUGCACCGCCCUUGAAUUUUUGUUGACCCUAGAUGAUGUCGUCUUCAACAAGUUCCGGCAGAUUUACUUGCCAACGAAAAGAAUCGAGGCUUUCAAAGGAAAGGUCUAUAAGAAGAUCCAGGCGAAGAAUCACCAGUGUUUGCAUGUAGUGUGUGGAAUUGUUUGCGUUCUGUUGAUGUAUAAAAUUGGGGAUUACUUUGUGCAACAAGACGAGGUGGAGAAGAGGGCAACUGAAUUGGAGGACUUUCCAUGAUCUCGUUGAUGAGAAUGUCAAAUCUGCGGAGAAUCUCAUCGCUGACGAGAGAAGCGCAAGCGGCGCGGUCGACAAGGAACAUGUGUAAAAUGUGGAUCGAUCUUCAGAGUCUGCGCAUUGGCCGUUCCUUCAUGUCAUUUCUUAAUCUACCCCCUUGCCUUCUCUUUCGUUCCAUCGAGCUUAAAAGCUGAGCAUCGAAGGGAGAAGGUUUAAAUUACUUGGAGGAUCUUGGAGGCAUAGUCUCAAAAUAGGGCCUGCCACCAAAGGGUGUAGCGACUUGUCCUAGUGCCAUUGCGGCAUGAUGUCCAAACCUGAGGAAGCAGCCACAUUGGGUCCAAGACGCAUGUGUCUCAAAAAGAUGGGGAGCCUCCAAAAACGAUUCCGAUAUGCCAAAAGGUUGAUGAAGCCAAACACGCCUGGCUGGAUGAAGCAACUAAACUGCUCUUCAGCAGGAGCAGUUUCAUUUCAGCAAGCUCUUGCGGCCCUGGCUUCUUCGCCCUGGCACCGUGCCUGCG